AUGUCGGUUCCGCUGCCAACAUCUCCGCACGACGGCUGCCCGACGCUUACGGCGAGCCGCGUCGCGCUCACGAAACUGCACCGAUCUCGUCUCGGCUCGACGACGGACCGGACCAGCUCGAUUCGGUGGCCCACCGACCUCCACGCAGGCACGAGCCCGAGCUUUGACCGGCGCCGCCCGUCCGACGCAGUCGUGUCGCCCUUCUUGAGCGCCGCGCGCUGUGGCAGCGCAGUCGAUGUCGCCAAGUACCUCGAAAUCCAAAAAGCCGACGAGUGGAGCGUGGUCGAUCCGACGACGCAGCAAAACGCGCUGCAUGUCGCGGUCGCGCACGGCCAUCUGCACAUCGCCAAACGUCUUUGCAGCCACCCGUUUGGCCCGCGGUGGCUUGCAUCGACCGACGUGUAUCUCAACACGCCGCUGCACGUGGCCGCUAGCACCUCGCGCCGCUUGACGCAGCUGCUGCUCGAUGCCGGCGCAGGCGUCAACGCGCUCAACCAAGCGUGCGAGACGCCGCUGAGCAUGCACAUUGCGAGCACGGCCAAGGACGACCCGGGCCUCGCCGAGCGCUUGCUCACGCACGGCGCCGACGCCAACGCCGUCCUCCGCGGCGAGUCGCUUCUACAUGCGGCCGUCGACCGUGGCCUGCUCAACAUCGCGUGCCGCCUCGUGCGCUUUGGCGGCCGCCUCGACACGAGAGACGGCCACGGCCGCAUGGUGUUCGACAAGGUCAACGCCAAAGCUAGUCGCAAGCUCUUCGCGUACAUUCCGUCGCCCUUGCCGUGGGUGCCCGACGACGCCCGCGACCACUGCAUGGAGUGCAGUCGCCGCUUCAGUCCAUUGCUCGCGCGCCGCCACCACUGUCGCCACUGCGGCCGGCUGUGCUGCGCCGCUUGUACAAGUGCGUUUGUGCUCAUUGAAGGCUCGCCGCUCCAGCACAAGCCCCAGCGCUACUACGAGGCCGACGACGAGGCCAAUGUCGUCCGCACGACGCGCGCCAGCCUCGUGUACAACCAGCUCGUCGACCGCUCGUCGUCGUCGUUGGCUGCUGCGCGGUGA